GGCGGUGGUGGUGUAAGAUGGUGGCUACUAGCGCCGAGCCGCUGGCUCCCCCCUGCGCGAGGGCCUCGUGGCCGGAGGGUACACCUGUGCUUAAGAUUCUGAAUUUCUGCUUAUUUGGCAAUGCAACAAACUUGGGAAAAGAGAAUUUGUAUUCUGAUAGCGAGGACAUGGUCAAACAAAGUGCCACUCUCAGUCAUUACGAGCCACGGGUAAACGGCAAGAAACAAAAAAUGGACACUCAGUUAUUCUCCCCGUUGUUAGGAGGGAUCACAAGUACACCACCACCUCUGGAAUCAUCCCGGCUAUAUAGUAAUUGGUCUGUGUGUGGAGAUGAUACCAACACAGCAACUUCUUUACAAGACUGCACAAAAAAAAGGGCACAGAUAAAUCUGUCUUACUCUGGCAAUGGCCCAGAUAUGUUUGGGUUAGUGUCCAGCAUCCUAGAGGAGCCAAACAAGCCAGAACCAGUUACAGAUUGGAAUUCUCUGUCGAGAUUGUUUCCCCCUAUGUGGGCAUCUGACAUUGGAAACAAUGGUGACUUCUCACGUCUGUCUUCGAAGCACCCUUUACAAAGUAAAGAUUUUCCAAACCUGAUUGGCACACAGAGCUGUUACCAAGGACGCUUGCAAAAGUCACCUGAUGUGGAGACUUUACACAGAGGAUUUGAAGACCUUCAUCUUAUAGAGUCUUGGCUUUCUCCUUCUGACCCUUAUACUCAGCCAUCUGAUGAUAUCUUGAACAUUUAUCCUGAAAAUUCUGCUUUUGAAAAUAAUGCCAUAAUUCAGCAAGAAGGAUUAGCAUUUCAGAAUGUACAAUUUAAUCAGCAUGUUUGCAAUUAUGAUAAGAUGAAAUUAAAUGGAGACUGUGAAAAGAACUGCUCUGAUUUUAGUAAUUUUUCUUCUCAAUGCAGAAUUAAAGAUGGCACUGGUAUUCAGAAAGAGUAUUGGGAAACUGACAGAGCAAGAGGCAAGCUUAUGAAAAAUGACAGACAAGAACAAGCAAAGUAUUCCAAUGAUCUGUCUAGUCCAGCUGCUAAUGGCACGUGGGGCAAAGUGUUCCAGGACAACCAUUUGUUUUCUAAAAGAUAUGAAGAUUUUACAACUUCUCAUAAAUCACAGCCAUCUAUUCACCCAUCACUAUAUUUUUUCAAUCAACCAUUUACUAAAGAAAAUAGUUUUCCUGGAGGAACAAAUAGAAACCCACAGGAAACUCACAUGCAAAAUGGCCAUAAUAGCUUCAAUUUGGGGGAAACCUGUAAUAACACUGAAUGUAAGAGCCAUAUUAAUGCUAAAGAAUGUUCUCGUAAACCUUCUGAAUAUCAUUUAUCUGUAAAAACUGCUCUACAAAAUGGAAAUUUUCAUUCACCUUACCGUGGACAUACGUGGCUGGAUGGUAAAAUCUUAAGUCCCACAUCUACAUCAGAUAUUGCAUAUAGGAAGCAAAACCAAGUAGUAACAAGCCCACAGUCCUCUUCAGGGGUUUCAACUAUCUCCAAUGGAUCUCCCACACAUCAGUCUGUAACCCAGCCCUCUUAUUACUCGCAGUUGUCACCAGUACCCUAUUCAAGGAAAGAUGGAAGGUUACAAAUAUCAAAUAGUGUUCCUAGUAACAUGGGGGGUUCAAAUUUCUUUGCAGAAAAUCAGAAACAAAUUAAACCUAUUGGACAUUCCCAGCAUGAUUCAUUGACUAAUAAAGGUCAGUAUCGUAAAAUACCCAUUAAUUUGUCACACAACUGGUUAACACAGCAGAAUUCUGCAGCUGAUGAGUCCGAAAAGUAUCAUAGGUUUCGCAAAAAGCAAAACCAAGAUAACUCUAAUAAAGAUGAAAGAAGAGGUAGAAGGAAUUGGAUACCCCAUCCUGGGUAUGCAGGACAAAAUCAGCAACAGUUCAACAUGUUCCGAAAGAAGCAAGAACAGAAUGGUGGCAACGUGUCAGAUUUCAUCAAUCCUUCUUUUCUUCCUUCUUUCCCAUUAAUAUCUGAUUUUAAGCAAAAUCCCAAUUUUGCUCCAUUUAAUCCCCAUCCAUUUCCGUCAGCAAAUAAUUUUGCUUUUCCUCCAUCACCAUUUCCAUUCUCAGAACUUGUUGAUCUUUUUCACUAUGACGAUUUUAACCAUUUGAAUCCCUUCAUUAAUGACCUAUUUUGUGGGGAAUUAAGUGCGCCAUAUUUUGCCUUUCCAACUCCUUUUAACAAGUAUAGGCCUCCAAGAAAUCGCAGUGGACCUGCUAAUGAGCUUCAUAUUCGAUUGGAGGAGUGUUAUGAACAGUGGAGAGCUCUGGAGAAGGAGAGGAAAAAGACUGAAGCUGAUCUUGCAAGAAACUUUCCAGGAAAGCGGGUAUCUAGCUCAAAUAACACUCCUGUUUCCCGACUUCCUGCUAACCCUUCACGAGUGGAUCGUUUGAUUGUGGACCAGUUACGAGAACAGGCCAGGGUGCUCACCUUAGUAGGAAAAAUGGAAAGGCUUCGCGGUACUCCUGUCCACGGGAAUAUAUCCAAAACUCUGGAACAUCAUGUAGAAGCCAUUCAUGUUACACAAGCGAGGCGGAAAGAUGAGAUUGUUAAUGCUGCCAAUCCACAGAGACAAGGAGCACCUCGCUAUAAUAAUGAAAAAGAUGUUCUUGCUCUGGCAGCUGCCAUUAAAGAGUUAGCUGUUUCCACACGCAAGGCUCGUACUGCUUUAUGGUGUGCACUGCAGAUGACUCUACCAAAAACCUCCUUCAGCACUCCAGUGAAACAGGAGGAGGUCGAAAGGGCAUUGCAAGAGCUUUGUCCAGGAAACGCAAGCACAAAAGAAAAAAAUAGUGCAGAUCCUGAAGACAAGGGAAGCAAAAAAGAAAAACAUGAGGAACCCACACAGAUUUCUGAAUAA